AUGAAAAUUAAUAAAAACGAUACUUUACCAAUUAUACCAAAAGCUUGUUAUUAUAAACGAAAUUUUUUUGAUCCGAUUAAAUAUGCGACAACAGCAUCUCAAAUUAAUUAUUUUCAUCCAAUUUUAAAUCAACAGUAUCCAUAUCAUUUUUAUGACAAUGGACUAUAUUUCAAUAAUGAUAAUACGCCAAGGAGAGACUACUCGAAUAAUAAUUUAUCAACAAAUAUAACGCAUUAUUUUAAUCGAAGUUUACCAAACCCAUUGGAAUGUUCAAGAUAUUUUAAGCCAUACAAACGAAAAGGUGGCCAAGUACGAUUUACACCAUUUCAAACCGAAGCCCUAGAAAAGAAAUUUUCAUCGAAUAAGUAUUUAUCACCAGAUGAUCGAAAAGAAAUUGCUGAUUUAUUAGUAUUAAGUGACAGACAGGUUAAAACAUGGUUUCAAAACAGACGUGCAAAAUGGCGACGUACAACCACAACUCAAGAAACAAUUGAAGAUCACUCCAUAACAUCAUCCAAUCAUAAUGAUGACAAUUUUGUAAUAGAAAUUCAAUAA